UUACCAAAAGAACUCAACACUUUACGAUGGAGAACCAAUGGACUUCUGGUCUUUGUAGCUGCAUGGAAGACGGCAAAACUGUUUGCCUUACAUGUUUCUGUCCGUGCGUCGCUUUUGGGCGGAUCGCUAAUAUUGCUGACGAAGGAAAUCACGGUUGUGGGGAAUGUGGGAUAUUUUACGGGCUGAUAUGUUGUGUGGUCGGGCUGCCAUGCUUGUUCUCAUGCACUUACCGGACCAAGAUCCGACGCAAAUUCGGGUUACCGGAGUCUCCAGCUUCGGAUUGUAUCACUCACUGCUUUUGUGAAAGUUGUGCCCUCUGUCAAGAAUACCGUGAACUCAAGAACCGUGGUCUUGACCCUUCUAUUGGAUGGAAUGAGCAUAUGCAACGGGCAACAUCUCCUCCUAUGGGUCAAUACAUGAAGAGUUGAUUCUAAAGUUUCAAGUUUCGCGAUAUGUUUUUUUUUAGUGAAUGGAUGAUUUAAAUUCAAUAAGUGGUUC